AAAAAGUCGCAAUUCUCAGGACUUUCCUCCUUAAACUGUUUCAUAAAUGUGCACUUUAAUACUGUGACGUUUCUCUCUUUCUGACUGGAAGGUUAUUUUGAGCUACUGCAGCUGAUAGUAAAUUAGACUCACAUGAUGAGCUGCAGAGCAGAUGCACUGGAGGGAGAUUUUUAGAAAAGUUUGUAAGAGGAAACUAAACUUCCUCGUUUGAGCGUGAAGGUCUUCUGUUUAAAACGGGUGAACUUUCUCCCUGCAGCAUUACAGACCUGCUAAACAGUCUGCAUCAAGCAGGAUGCACUUUUUACAUGCAACACUUCUUUUGGCUUCGGUGGUCCUCAGCUGUUCUUCGUCUUCUCCAAAUAAAGUGUGGGAAGAGUGGAAAAUUAAAUAUCACAAAGUUUACGAUAAUCAGACUGAGUUGGCUUUCCGGAGAGCGGUAUGGGAGAAGAACGUGUAUUUGGUGAUGAGACACAACCAGGAAGUUUCAGCAGGAAAACACAGUUACUCACUGGGACUGAACCACCUUUCUGACAUGACAGCUGAGGAGAUCAACAAGAAGCUCAACGGCUUUAAGCUGGAAGAACAUCUUGAUUUCAGGAAUGGCACUUUUAAGGACAUCACUGGCAUAUCAAUACCUCAGAGUGUGGACUGGAGAAAAGAAGGGCUGGUCGGCCCUGUCAGAAACCAAGGAUUAUGUGGUUCAUGCUGGGCCUUCAGCUCUUUGGGAGCCCUUGAGGGUCAAAUGAAGAAACGAACAGGUGUCCUUGUUUCGUUGAGUCCACAGAACCUGGUGGACUGCAGCACCAUAGAUGGAAAUCUUGGCUGCAGAGGAGGUUAUAUCACUAAAUCCUACAGCUACAUCAUCCGCAACAGAGGCGUUGACUCUGAGAGCUUUUACCCUUAUGAACACCAGAAUGGAAAAUGUCGCUAUUCUGUGAAAGGAAAGGCAGCUUAUUGCUCCAACUUCCACGUCCUUCCACAAGGAGAUGAGAGGGCUCUGCAGGCUGCAGUGGCUACAGUUGGACCCAUCGCUGUAGCUGUGAAUGCAAUGCUGCCAUCCUUCCAUAAUUACAGAGGAGGUUUAUACAACGAACCAAGCUGCAACCCCAAGUUAAUAAAUCACGCUGUCCUUGUUGUUGGUUACGGUACCGACUCAGGACAAGACUACUGGCUCGUCAAAAACAGUUGGGGAUCUACAUGGGGAGAAGGAGGCUUCAUUCGGAUUGCCAGGAACAAGAGAAAUCUCUGCGGCAUUGCAACAUUAGGAGUUUACCCCACACUGUAAAUCUCAUGUUUCAAAUGAUUUAAUCUCAGAUACAUAAUGUUUUUUGUUUUUAAAUGGCAGCUGUUGCCUAAAAACAAAAACAUUUAGAAAUAUUAUAGAAAAAUAAAAAACUACAAAAUCAUUUGACAUUUUUUGUUUUGUUGUGUUCUUAACUGAUAUUUGGAAGAUUUUAAUUAAAAAUGUUGUUUUAUAUAUAUAGAUAUUCACUGUAUUUAAAUACUUAUACAUUAACAAUAUUUAAACAAUGGCUUUGCCAUCUGUGUGUUAGUACAUUUAAUAAAAAUGAAGGACAAAAAUGAAAUGGUUCAUAUCUGCUGUAUUUUCUUUGAAGUGACUUACUAUGACACUGUUGUUAAUGAUAAAAAUGUAAAUACUAUAUAAUAUAAAUAAUAUAAUAAUUAUAUAUAUAUAAAAAAAAUUUUAGAUUAUUAUUAUUAUUAUUACCAGAAUGAGAUGUCAGAGGAGAUAAGAGAUAUUUAAACAUUAUCCCAUGAUUGAAAUGUUAUUUUAAGAAAGUGAG